AUGAAGACACAAUCAAACAAACUGGCAGCUAAUAAGGAGACAGCUCCAGAGAGUGAAGAACAAAAGUUCAAACAAAAAUGUAAAGAGUUGAAGAAGAGGAUCACAGAAGUAGAGGAAAGUAACGAAGUUGCUACACUUGCUCUAUCCAGAAGUAAAAUGGCCAUACGCAGAUUGCGUCUUGAAUACGCAGUUUUAUUGGAAAGGCUUGAGCAACGUGCAAUAAUGAUACCAGAUGGUAAUACAGAACUCGAGGAUAUGUCUCCUCCUCCUUCUCCCACAAUUUUGGAUGAAUCAUUAAAUACAACAAAUGCCAAGUUGACACGUAAUGGAUUGUCAAAAAGAGGCGGCAAAAAAGCAAAAGGAGUAUCAAAUACAACUGGAAACAGUGGAAGUAAUAAUAGCCGUACCCAGCGUAUUAGAGAUCCGGAUUUACCAAAGAGACCGACGAAUGCAUACUUAAUAUUCUGCGAAAUGGAAAAGGAAAGAAUAAAACAUGAGCUAGAAGAAAGAAACCCUGGUGCAGUUACAGAGUUAUCUAAAUCUUUAACGGAAGCUUGGAAAAACUUGGAUGACGAGAAGCGUAAGCCGUAUUAUAAACUUUAUGAAGAAGAUAGAGAUAGAUAUCAAAGAGAGAUGUCUGUUUAUAACCAGAAAAAGCAAAUUGAAGAAGAGCAAAAAGAAACUAAAAAAUCAAACAAAAAACAGAAGCUUGAUAAUGAACCUUCCAUAGAUGAGAAUUCAAGCUUAACUAAAGAAGAACAAGAACAAGAUGAUAAUAAGAUUGAAAAUACUAAUAAUAAUUCAUUUGCGAUUGAUGAACAAAAUAUUGUAGAAGAAAAUGAAGAAGACUCUGCCCAACCUAAUUCGACUGACAAUAUGCAUAUAGAUCAGGUCGGAAAUACUGACGAGUCUUUAAUGAAUAAAGACGAAGAUUAG